CUUCUUCAUUUUCUCCUUUACCACUUCUUCUACUUCCUGUUUCUCUCCAUUCCUUAUUCUCCUUUUAUUCCACCUUCUUUUUUGCGUUCUCUCUCUAUUUCCUCUUCCUUUUCUUCUAGAUUCCUUCUCAUGUCCAUUCCAUUUCUUCAUCCUCCUCUUCUCAAAUUCAUUGCUAUUUGCUAAUUUUCACUUAAAAAGUGUACUAAUUCAUUCCUUUUUUUUUUUAGGUAGAGCGAUGGCGACAGUUCGUGGAGGCAGGGGACAACACGGCAACGGCAACGGCAAAUCGUCAAUCGGUUUCAAGGAGUUCGUGAACAGACUGCCAGCUUUCGACAAGGGGCUUCUGAAACAAUGUGUUUCCUACCAUUUUUACAACUUUCCUGAUGAUUGGGGAGCUAAGAACUUGUUCUUUUUCAUUAGGAAGACAGUGAAAGCAGGAAGACUAUGGGACAUCUUCAUACCGAGCAGAAGGGACAGAAGGGGCAAUAGGUAUGGAUUCGCCAGAUUCUUGGACGCCAGGAACGAACGCGAGAUGAAGAAGCAACUGGAGAACAUAUGGAUCGGCAAUCAUAGGGUGAUCUUUAACCCAGCUGAGGAAAGACGAGAAGAAAAAGGCAGAACAGAGUCAAGACAGAAGAAUAGUACGAUGUUGCCUCUUUCUGAAGAGAGCACCAAGGUAGAUGAGGGGAGAAGACAAGCUCCAAAAUUGACAUACGCUCAAUGCCUUCUUCAACAAAAUGAUAAGGCCAAAUGCAGAAUUAUAGAAAACAAAGGCCCUACACCGUCAGAGGCAAAAGGCUUCCCGAGAAAUGCAAACAGGGAACCAAAUAAGGUUCCUAGUCCUGGAGGAGUUAAAUACAAAAAGGUGAUUGAGUUAAAAGGAACAGAUAAGGCCGAAGAAAACUUGAUGAAGUGUGCUGUUGGAGUGGUAUUAUCUCCCUCUGUUAUCCCAAAUCUCCCAGAGAUAUUCUUUAACGAAGGGUAUCCCUCAACCAAAAUUGCUCCUAUGGGUGAUGCUGCAAGAAUUCUAGUAUCUACUAAGUCCAAAUCGGUGUUAAAUGAAGAAUUUGUUCUCAAGGUGAAGAAUAGUAUAUUUCACAUUACACUGGUUGAGGAAAACUGGAGAACUGAUCCCUGGUGGCUGAAAAAAGUUGAAAGUUCUAAUAGGGAGUCAGAUGCAUGUUCAUCGGCGUUCAACUUCAAUGACGAGUCCAGCGAGGUCGAUGGGGACUAUUCCAACGGUCCAGAAGAAGAUGAGAUUCAAACACCCUUCAGAGAUGUCAACAACAUUAAUUGUUCUGACAAAUUGUGCGUCUCAAAGACUUUUGUUGAGGUGUGCAAGGCAAAUAGGGGUGCUCAGUCUAAUCAUGACUGUGGAAAACAGAGUGAGGCACAUGGAGGCAGUCAGACAAGUGGAGGUCAUACUAGCGAGAGUAGAGUCCCUGCUUUAGACAAUUGGAUAGCCCAAGUAGCAGCCCAAUCUGGAAGCCCAAUUGGUAGUGAAAGAAAAACCCAUUUAGCUAGUAACAAAAAGGAGAUGGACCAGGAGGAAUGUGGGAUUCAAGUGAAUGCAAGCGGGCCUCAAGUGAAUGUAAGCCCCAAUAAAAGCCUUAAUACACCACGAGAAGUGAGGAUGGACUCAAUGAAGCUAGUAACUGGAACGAAACGAGGAAGAAGAAGAAAAGUACUAAAUCAGCCGGCCAACUUCAACGGCAAAGCAUCAAAAGGCUCAUUGUCAGACAGCGAUAUCGUCUGCAACAACAAAAGAAUUAAGGAAGGUUUGAUUUUAGAUGAAGCAAAAAAGAUGCUGGAAUUUGGGAGCAAGUUAGGGAUUGAGACCAGAAAUAGAGAAGACCAGAUUCUGGAAAGUUUCAGACAGAUGGAAGAACGGGAUAGGCAGGGGAGUGCCUUAGCAAUUUAUGGCUUGUGGGGUGAAAAGAAGCAAAAGUGUUGUAUUGUGAAUGUAUAUGCUUCAUGUAAUAGAAAUGAAAGGGAGGAAACAUGGGCAAAGUUAUUGAGAAUGAUAGAGGAAGAGGAAGGCUACUGGUGCAUUGCUGGGGAUUUUAACAGUGUAAGAUCAGCAGAGGAGAGAAGAGGAAGAUCUGAGUAUUCACGCAACAGGGAGGACCUUAAUGGCUUCAUCGAAACUGCAGGGUUGGUUGACUUGCCAUUAACAAGGAGGAGGUUCACUUGGUAUAAGGGUGAUGGAUCAGCUAUGAGCAGAUCUAUAUCAGACCAUUGCCCUGUCAUUUUGAAAAAGGUUAACAGUGAUUGGGGCCCAAAGCCUUUUAGGGUCUUAAACUGUUGGGAUCAACACCCAGACUUCAUCAGGGUGGUAGAGGAAAACUGGAAUUCUACUAAGGUUGAGGGAUGGAAAGGAUUUGUGUGCAAAGAAAAGUUUAAACAUAAGAACGAGGACAUCGAAAUAUCAGAGGAGGACAUUUUGAUGAGAAAGGAGGGAUUCAAUGAAUUAUGGGAAGCAUGGAAGAGGAGAGAAGUGGCAUGGAAACAAAAGACGAAACUUGACUGGGUCCAGCAAGGAGAUGCUAACUCCAAGUUAUUCCAUAGAAUAGCUAGUAGCAACAGAUUGAGAAAAUUGAUCCGGGGCAUCCAUAAAGACAACUCUUGGGUUGAGGAACCCAGUUCAGUGAAAAAAGAGGUGCGCCAAUACUUCCAAAAAAUCUUUCAAGAAGAGCAGUGGGAUAGGCCUAAGCUCGACGGAUUACAGUUUAAACAGCUAGAUGACGAGGAUAGAGCCUGGUUGGAAAGGGAUGUAUCUGUAGAAGAAGUGAAACAAGCUGUUUGGGAAUGUGGAGGGGAUAAAUCUCCGGGUCCUGACGGGUUCAGCUUUCAUCUAAUCAGAACUUGUUGGAGAGUGAUUGAGAAAGACAUUGUUGACUUUGUGCAGGAGUUUUCAAAAAAUGGUAAGCUGGUCAAGGGGCUAAACUCUUCAUUUAUUGUUCUGGUCCCAAAGAAAUCUAAUCCUGUAGAAUUAAAAGACUAUAGACCUAUCAGCUUGAUUAGUAGCCUCUACAAAAUUAUAUCAAAGGUCUUGGCAAACAGGAUUAAGAAAGUUUUGCCCAAGGUGAUAAGCGAAACACAAUCUGCCUUUUUGGGAGGAAGACAAAUAACUGAUGGUAUUUUGAUAUUGAACGAGGUAGCAGAGGAGAUAAGGAGGAAAAAGGCUAGUAGUUUCAUGUUUAAAGAAGAUUUUGAGAAGGCAUAUGACUCUUCAAUCUCAAUUCUUGUUAAUGGAAGCCCAACAGAUGAAUUCAAAAUGGAGAGGGGAAUUAGACAAGGCGACCCAAUUGCUCCAUUUCUCUUCCUAAUUGUCGCUGAAGGAUUGAAUAUUUUGAUAGAAUCAGCCACUAGAAAGGGAUUAUUUCAAGGAAUUGAUGUAGGCCCCCAUGGUCUUAACAUUUCACACCUCCAAUUUGCUGACGACACUGUAAUUAUGGGGAAGGCAAAUACAUCUAAUAUUAAUGUUGUGAAAGGGAUUUUGAGAUGGUUUGAACUGAUUUCGGGUCUAAAGAUAAACUUCAACAAAAGUGUGUUGUAUUCAUUUUAUGCCCCCGAUGAAUGGAGAAGAACAGCGGCUGCUAUGCUGAAUUGCAAAUCAGGAUCUCUCCCUUUCACCUAUCUUGGGAUGCCAAUUGGGGAUGUUAUGUGCAGAAGGAAAGCCUGGGUUCCAGUUAUUGAGAAUUUUAAUAGAAAGCUGGCAGUCUGGAAAGCGAAGUGCCUAUCGAUCGGUGGUCGAGUUACGUUGCUAAGAAGUGAGGGAGGUCUAGGUGUGCCAGAUAUUGAGAAUAGGAAUAUAGCCUUAUUAGGGAAGUGGUGGGACAGAUUUGGGAAGGAAGAAAAUAGUCUAUGGAAGAAAGUUAUUGUUGAUAAGUAUUAUGGUGGUGGCAUGGAGUGGGAUAUUGAACAUACUGAAGCUAGGAAUGUUUCUACUUUGUGGAGAAAUAUAGUGGCACUAGGCACAGAGGGGGGGAAUGUAACUAUUAUGGAAAUGGGACACUACUCUAAUGGAUCCCGGAGUUUGGAACAUAGUUGGAGACGUGAACCAUUUGGCAGGGAAAGGGAUGAAGAACAAAGGUUAAAUCAGAUCCUCUUGGGGGAGGUAGUGCAAUCCUCUCAACCGGACCGAAGAAGCUGGAGCUUUGAUACUGGAAAUGGAUAUACAAUUGACAUGAAGAUUGAUAUCGAAGUUAUCUCCAAGGAAGCCAUCAGUCCAUCUUCUCCGACCGCAGUUCACCUCCGCCGGUACCAACUAUCGUUUCUUGAUCAAUUCAACUCGCCAGUUUUCAUGCCUCUUGUUAUGUUUUACUCGAGAGAGAACUGCACCAGCAAUGUAGAACAGUGUGUCCACUUUGUUGAAGCGAAGGGUAAUUGCUGCCUUUCUGAUAUUUUGAACUGUCGAGAUCCAAGUGCUAACAAUUACUUCUUUCCACUUGAGCUCGAUGAUGCAACUGCUGCUGAGUUACCAACCAUGGUGCAACUUACUUUCUUCGAGUGCGGUGGCCUAGCAGUCUCUCUUGGCAUGUCACAUAAGCCUAGAGCUCAGAGUGUUAAGGAGAAUAUCAUGACGAAGAGGAUUGUGUUCAAUGCCCGAUUCAUGGCUUCCACGCAAACAGAAACUGAUCGGGUGAGCGAGAUCUACACCAUAGGUCAAACAGUGAACUUACGUUCUCAGAUGGAUCCGCCACUGUCAAACCGCUAUUUUGGUAACAUCUAUGUGUCAACGUUCACGGUGCCGUGGAGAGCUAGUGAAGGUGGAUUUCAUGGCAUUGUGAAGCAGAUUAGAGAUGCAACAAGGAAAGUGAACUCAGAGUUGGUGAAGAAGCUCGUGCAAAGAACGGUAGAUGAGUGCUUGUAUUUGCUCACAAACCCGGCUGUGGAUUCUGUGAAUAGUGAGGUGGUGCAUUUACACUUUACCAGUUUGUGUAGGUUCCCUAUGUACGAAGUUCACUUCGGGUGGGGAAAACUUGUGUGGGUUGGAUCAACUCGUUGGGUUUUUAAGAAUUUGAUUUGUUUCUUUGACACCAGAAGUGGUGAUGGAAUAGAAGCUUGGAUCAACUUGAAGGAGGUAGACAUGGCCAAGUUUCAAUCGGACGAGGAUUUCCUUUCAUAUGCUUCUCUAUCCUCAAAUGUCUAAGUUUCAGGUGUUCUGAAUGUUUGAUUGGUGCACACCCGGUUCUAACACCCGGGUGUGCACCCCACAUAAAAACAAAAAUUUGGA